AUGCCAACCCAGUCCCAUAGAAAACCUACAUUAGGUAAUGCCAUUAAAAGUGUUUCUAUAAUACCAUUAAAAGUUCAAAAAAAUAAAUUAGGAUUUACAGUUGAUAUCUCUACGAUUACCCCUCAAUUUUUAGUAUGUUCAUAUCCCGUGACCAAAUAUCCCAGGUUAUUAUAUCGGAAUAAUUUAGAAGAUUUAGUGACACAUUUAACUUUACAUUAUGGAGCGAAUGCUUGGAAAAUAUAUAAUUUUAAAGUUGAACAUAAUUUUGGUGAUUAUACUGACGAAGAAUUAUUAAAUUUAUAUAAUAAAGUUGAAUUUGCGAAUCGAUUAACACCACCAAUUGACUCGAUGAAUAAUAAUAAUAAUAAUCAUAAUAAUAAUAAUAAUAAUAAUAAUAAUCAAAGUUUGAUUUCUAAUGAUAAUGGCCCCAUGAAUGAGUUAGAAAGAUUAUCUAAUAUUUUAUUAAGGGAGAGUUGGCUUGAUCAUUCACCACCACCAUUUCUUUUGUUAGAAUUUAUUGUAGAUGAUAUGAAUAAACAUUUACAAAAAGACAAGGGUAAUGUAAUCCUAGCGCACUGCAAGAUGGGAAAGGGAAGAUCUGGGACAGUAUGUAUAGCUUUUAUGAUGAAAUAUCUAUUCUGUCCCCUUUCUGAAAGUCGUGAAAUCUUUAUGUGUGGACGAUUUAAACCUGGUGUGAGCCGUGGAGUUACAAUUUAUUCACAAUUAAGAAUUUUGAAAUAUCAUGAACAAUUUUUAAAAUUCAAUUCUCUUCAACAAGAAGAAAUAUUGGAUGAGAUGAGACAAUGUAAGAUUAGAUUACAUUGGAUUAAAUUAAUAAACCCGUUAAAAAUUUUUUUUUCACAACCAUAUUCAGUUUCAAUUAAAUUUCAAGAAUAUAAUGAAAAAAGAGAUGGUUUAAAUAUUAUUGAAGCAUUAGAAACUGAUCGAAGUCUAUUGGAUAAACAAGAUCAACAAGAGAUUUUGCUUUAUUUACAUGAAAUAAUUUUGAAUACGGAUAUUCGAUUAGAAUUUGGAAUCAAGAAUUCCAAAUCCAAGAAAAAAUUGAAAGAUGGAUUAGCUCCAACGAUUUCAUCGUCACAUUGUUGGUUAAAUUUAUUUUGGGAAACUGUGAAUGGGAUUAAAGAUGCAGAAAUGCUAAUGACAGAGGGUCAAGGGUUAAUAAAGCAUCCUGAAGUGGAGGGGAAAUUCUUUUGCCAUUCGAUGAAUUGGAAAGAAUUGGAUGGGACGAUUGGUAGUACUAAUAAAGGGUUAUGUUUGUUUGAAUCAAUGGAAUUGUGUUGGAAAGUUUUGUAA